UAUAAAGGAGCCCCUGAGCAAAUUGCUUGCCUGAGUUCCAGAGCACUUCUGCUUUAUUUGAGGAGGAAGGUCACAGAAAGGUUAAGAGCUCUCAUCCUUAACGACAUUCUUAAGUGAAGCAGAAAUGUCAUCCGCAUGGCCCACUGGUGGGGGAAGUGAAAUCUGGGCACCUACUGGUGGAUAUGGCCUUGUUCGAUGUGGUGGUCUCACUGAGCAAUUUUCUCUCGGAGGAGAUGUGGUUCCAAUGCCCAUCAAUGCAUUUGUUGGAACCCGUGGGACCAUAAAAGAUUGUGCUUGUUUCAAUGUUGGCAGGGAUGUUAAUAGUCUGCGUAGUGCGAUAGUAGGAUUAGGAACUAAUGAACAAGCAAUCAUUGAAAUCCUGACACACAGAAGCAACUGGCAACGCCAGCAGAUCGCUAAAGAAUAUAAGGGAACCUGUGGACGUGAAUUGAUUGAUGAUUUAAAAGGCGACCUUUCGGGUGACUUUAAAAAUGUGAUCAUUGCUCUGAUGUUGCCACCAGCAUUAUUUGAUGCAAAAGAGCUAAAAAGAGCAAUGGAGGGUCCUGGCACAAAUGAAAAUGUAUUGAUUGAAAUUCUCGCUUCAAGAACCAACCAGCAAUUAAGAGAAAUAAAAGAAGUCUACCAAGAAGAAUAUAAAAGUGACUUGGCAAAGGAUAUUGCUGAAGAAACAUCAGGAGAUCUUAGAAGGGCUUUACUCAUCUUGCUGGAGGCUCGAAGGGAUGAAAACUGUCAGGGUGUGGAUGAAAGACUUUUUAAAACUGAUGCAGAGGCACUUUUCAAAGCUGGUGAGAAGAGACUGGGAACAGAUGAAGUUAAAUUUAUGGAGGUUCUAUGCUUAAGGAGUCCUUCACAGCUACAAAUGACAUUUGAUGAAUAUAAGAUCAUUUCCAACAAGACCAUAGAAGAAAGCAUUAAAAGUGAAAUGUCUGGAGAUCUGAAGAAGCUGAUGUUGUCAUUGGUUCAGUGCUCAAGGUCUACACCUGCCUACUUUGCUGAAAGAAUCCACAAAAGUGUAAAGGGUAUUGGCACUGAUGAACAUACUCUGUCAAGAAUCUUGGUCAGUAGAUCGGAAAUUGACCUGCUGGAUAUUCAAGAUGAAUAUUUGAAAAUCUAUGGCAAAUCCCUGUAUGCCACUAUUGAGGAUGAAACUUCAGGAGAUUACAGGACUACCUUGCUUAACAUCUGUGAAAAAGGAAAUUAAACAGUUUUGGUACAGCUGAACAAAUCAAUGACAUACGGAUUUUAAUAUAGAAACUAGAUGAGCGUUAUUUGUGUUAUUGUUUAAUUAGAGUAAAUAGCAAUCUAAAUGACUAGUAAUAAGCCGCCGUUUUGCAACAAUUACUCAGUUUUAAAUGUGUGAUAAGUAGCAGAUUGGUCCCUUCUCCCCUGGAGGGUGUUAAACUCAGAAAUGAAAAUAAUGUUAUUUCUGGUUCCUGCUCUGUCAACACUCAACAAAUUAAAGGACCUGGAUUCUGUCUAUCUCUGACUCUGAUUGUAGAUCAAAGGUUCAAGCUUUAGAUUUAGACAGGCAGUAUCGUAUUUAUCAGUUUUUCUCUUUAGAUUAAUGUUUAUUCAAUUAGAUGUUCAAUUAAUGAAUUUUUGAUUUGAAUUUCUUCUCCAUAAUCUUACCAUUUUUCUGAUCUCUUUGUAAAGAUUAUCUAGGUAAUCAAAAUUCUUCCUUCUCAUUUUUCAUUUAAUACAUAUACCAGUCGAGGUUACACAUUGUCAUUGAAGAACCCAUAUCUGUAUCCAAUAUCUUUAGCUGUACAAAUGUCCCAGUAAUCAAUCAGAGAUAAUGGACCUCCAAAAUGAUGUAUGUAAAAGUCAGUAAGCCUGGAACAAAUGGACCUGCCAGUGUGAGAACUCCAUCAAUCAUUAUCAUUAAUAAACUAGAAGUUAAAUUGUUAUUUACUCAAGUUUUGAACAGAUUUACUGCUCUAAAUAAUCACAAACAAUAUUUAACUUUCUACCUACAUUGCUCAUAUAAACAUUCAUCACAAACAGCGAUAUACUCUGAAUUUCUUUUCAUAUGUAUACAUUCCAGGAAUUGUUUUACUAUGAACUGCCUAGAGUGUUUCAUAUAUAGCUUAUGACAUGUUCACUUGUGUUGUGUAUACAAUAUGAACGGUAGGUUAAAUUUGUUUUCCUGCGAUUUAUUUUUGGAAGCUUAAUUGAUCUUUGCCACAUCCUUUAAAAGCUUUUGCCAUUGAUUUAUUUUAGAGUAGAACAAGAAUUGAGAGGUGUGUCUCACUUCAUGCAGAAUAAAUAUAUCCUUCUUAGUGACUCUCCAGACCAUUAAAAAGUCAAGGCAAAUUAAUUAAUUAAUUACGUCUAAUUAUUGACUAGUGGUGUUGACCAGUUUGGUUACAAAGACUGACAGACAUUUUUGCAUCAUUUUGAAAAUAAAAUCUUAAUAAUUAGACCAUAGCAGCAUUUAUGAGUUUGCUCAUUUUAAUUUACCAGUUUGCUUAUUAGACUAAAUAUAUAUUUCAUUAUAAAUUAUUUACUUCUUUGCAGUUAUUUUAAAGUGUUGUGCUUGCUUCAGUGAUAUUUAAUGGCAUUUUUUGACAAUGUUGUGUAAUAAUUCUGAUUUCUCUUAAUAAAGGAAUAUAA